AUGGCCUUUACUUUAUGGACGUUAUUCGAAGCAACUCUCUUAUGUUUAAAUGCCGUCUGUGUCUUACAUGAAGAAAGAUUUUUGAAUAAAAUUGGUUGGGGAGCCCAACAAGACAUCAGAGGCUUCGGAGAACCACCAACAAUUAAAUCUCAAAUGCUCAAUCUUAUCAGAUCCAUCAGAACUGUUGCAAGAAUACCAUUAAUAUUUCUCAACAUAAUAGUGAUGAUCUUUAAAUUAGUAGUUGGAUGA